GGACCGGGGGGAACCGGAGGGGACCGGGGGCUGCAGCGGCGCGCGGUGCCCCUCCCCCCCGCCAUGGUGGUCCUGCGGAGCAGCGCGGCCCGCUCGCCCGGCCUGGCCGCCCGCGACAGCCGGCGCCGCGGCCCCCCCUUCGACCUGAUGGACUCCAGCUCCGAGUUCAUCUCCCUGGAGCCGCCCUCGCUCAGCGGCCACCGCGUCUGGACCCGGUCCGGGGCCGCCUUGGCCGCCGCCAGGGCCGCGGGAUCCAGAGGGAGCCGGAGGGCGGAUGAGGCGGAAUUUUCCUCCCGCAAAAUUGAAUGCUGUUUAAGAUCAAUGAGAAAAAACAUGCCACCCUGCUCAGACUCUAGCUUUGACAAAAGCAUGGAAAUAUUAAGCGAAAAUGUCAAUCGGAGGCAUUUUAAGAGGCAGUUGGCAAAGCCAAAACCAGACCCAAAAAAAGAAUAUAAAGAAGUCACCAGAACGCUGAAGACCAGAGCUGAUGCAAAAGCUGCAGAACAAAUCCAUGAAGAAAACGGGGAUCUGGAGGUACGCCGGAGCUGCAGACUUCGGCAAAGUCAUUACACCACUACAAAUCAAUCUGUUUUGUUUGACAAACUUAUAACAAAUACUGCAGAAGCAGUCUUGCAAAAAAUGGAUGACAUGAAGAAGAUGCGUAGACGGCAAAUGAUGGAAGACCUUGGGGUGUUCCACGAUGCAGAAGAAGAAAACCUUAAUAUGUACUCCCGGGGACAGAAAGAAAUCCAAAGAGCUGAUGAAGAAAUAGCUGAUAAUCAAGAUGUUUCAUCAGAAGAAAGUGAAGAGAAAGAUGAUGAUGGGGAAGACACUCGAAAGCGUUACGACUUCCGCCAGAGGAAAACUGUUCAGCGCUAUCAGGCUCCCUUGGAAAAACCAAGACAACGUAAGAUCUAUUUUUCGGGCCGGUCUUCACCUGUCAGACAGAGAUACUCAUUUAGAAGUGCUCAGCCACAAGGCUCUUGCUGCAAAAGAACUAACAGACGGAGACAUGCAGUCCACAACAGUGACUCCACAUCCUCUUCCUCGUCUGAUGAUGAAGAGCGUUUUGAGAGGCGUAGGAGUCACAGCCAUAACAGAGAGUUAAGAAGGUAUCUUCCACUAAACUUCCGGAAAGAUGACUUAAAGGGAAUUCACAAGGAUCGAAUGAAAAUUGGAGGAAGUCUGGCUGAUGUUGAUCCACUGCGAACAGAUUCUUCAGUGUGUUUUGAUGGUGUGGGUGGCCUUUCUGACCACAUUUCAGCUUUAAAGGAGAUGGUCCUUUUUCCAUUGCUUUACCCAGAAGUCUUUGAGAGACUCAAAAUUCAACCUCCAAGAGGCUGUCUAUUCUAUGGUCCUCCAGGGACUGGAAAGACACUGGUUGCUCGUGCACUCGCUAAUGAAUGUAGCCAAGGUGAUAAGAGAAUAGCAUUUUUUAUGAGGAAAGGUGCUGAAUGCCUGAGUAAAUGGGUGGGGGAAUCUGAACGACAGCUUCGUUUGUUAUUUGAUCAGGCCUACCAGAUGCGCCCUUCAAUUAUUUUCUUUGAUGAGAUAGAUGGUCUUGCUCCUGUGAGGUCCAGUAAACAAGACCAAGUCCAUAGUUCUAUUGUAUCAACACUUCUGGCACUUAUGGAUGGCUUAGACAGCAGAGGAGAGAUCGUGGUAAUUGGAGCCACUAACAGACUGGACUCCAUAGAUCCUGCUUUACGAAGACCUGGACGCUUUGAUCGAGAGUUCCUCUUCAGCUUGCCAAAUAAAGAGGCUAGAAAAGAGAUUGUCAAGAUCCACACAAAGGACUGGACCCCUAAGCCACUGGACAUGUUUCUUGAAGAGCUAGCUGAAAAAUGUGUUGGAUACUGUGGUGCUGAUAUUAAAUCCUUAUGUGCUGAAGCUGCACUCUGUGCUUUGCGCCGCCGCUAUCCUCAGAUAUACCAAAGCAGCAAGAAACUGGUGUUAGAUACUGCUUCUAUUAAAAUCACAGCAGAGGAUUUUGCCAUGGCUAUGCAGAAGAUUGUUCCAGCUUCACAGAGGGCUGUGGCUUCACCAGGGCGAGCACUCUCAGCUAGUUCAAAACCACUGUUUGAAAAUACACUAGCCAGAAUUUUACAGGCCUUGCAAAGAGUAUUUCCCCACGCAGAGCUUGCACUAAAGAAGGACCAGCAGCAAGACAGUCUAAAUCAUAUUUUAAGUAAUUACACGAUUUACAGUGAUGAUGAAUCACCAUCAAUCUUUGACAAGCCUGGCGGACACAAAGGAAAAUUCCUCAACUUUAGCAGAAAUGCUUAUUACCAGCCAACAUCUUGCAGGCCACGAUUCCUACUAGUUGGAGAGCCAGGAUAUGGGCAGGCUUCUCAUUUGGCACCUGCAGUCAUACACACCCUGGAAAAGUUUCCGGUUUAUACACUAGACCUACCUGUUUUGUUUACAAGCAUCUCAUCACCAGAAGAAACAUGUGCACAGAUGAUAAGAGAAGCUCAAAGAACAGCACCAAGUAUAAUUUAUGUCCCACAUAUUCAUUCAUGGUGGGAGGCUGCUGGAGCUACACUGAAAACUACUUUUACAGCACUACUGCAGAACAUUCCAACAUUUGCUCCAGUUUUGCUGCUUGCAACAUCUGAUGUGUGUUACACAGCUCUCCCAAAAGAGAUAAAAACAUUGUUCAACACUGAUUAUGAAGAAGUUUUUGAAAUCCAGUUGCCUAAUAAGGAUGAAAGAAGAACAUUUUUUGAGGACAUAAUCAUAAAUCAAGCUGCUAAACCUCCUCCAUCCAAAAACAACACAGCUUGGCAGCCACUGGAAGUUCUGCCUGUAGCACCACCGCCCAAGCCUCGGCAGCUGACAGAGGCAGAAGAAAGACAGCUGGAGGAGCAGGAGGAGGACACGUUGCGUGAACUCAGGAUUUUCUUAAGGGAUGUGACCCACAGACUUGCCAUUGACAGACGUUUCAGAGUAUUUACAAAGCCUGUUGACCCAGAGGAGGUACCCGAUUAUGACACAGUUAUUAAACAGCCCAUGGACCUCUCAACAGUCCUCUCCAAGAUAGACUUGCACCAGUACCUAACAGCAGGAGAUUUCCUAAAGGACAUCGAUCUUAUCUGUAGCAAUGCUUUAGAGUACAACCCAGAUAAAGAUCCUGGAGAUCGUCUCAUUAGGCACAGAGCUUGUAAUCUGAGAGAUACUGCAUAUGCCAUCGUCAGGGAAGAAAUGGAUGAAGAUUUUGAACAACUCUGUGAAGAAAUUAAGGAAUCUCGUAGGAAAAGAGGUUGUACCUCUUCAAAGUAUGCUCCAUCUUACUACCAUGUGAUGCCAAAGCAGAACCCUGUUCCUGUCAGUAAGAAGACAGACCCAAAGUGUGAUGAAAUCACGAAGAUGGCAGCAGCGCCGGUGGAUUCCAGCACUCCCCGCUGCCACGAUAUGUCAAAAAGAAGACGUAAAAAGAAGGAAAGGUCUUCAAGUAUCACAAGGAAAAGGAUGAAGUUUCAGUUCAAUAAAGAGAAUAAAGUUCCAGAAGACCAAAAUGAAGAAGAAAGUGAUGAAGAGUCUACAGAAAAACAUGUUUCUAACACGGAUCGCACGGAAGUUGAGUCCACACAGGAUUCUUCUGUGGAGGAAAAUGAAAACGUACUUCAAGAACGGCAGAAAAAUGGGAAUAGAAAUAAAUCUGGGACAGAAAAUGAGAGAGUUCUCCUUCUGGCUAAAUCUGCUUUUGAAAAGAAGAGUGUUGUUGUUCUUGAACAAAUGCCAGAAGCAGAAAAUUCUAAAGGCAGAGAUUCAAAUGAUUUGUGGGUACACAGAAUGACUCGUGCAAAACAUUCUCAGAUAGAAGAGCAUCGGGUGGGAUGUGUUGAGAAGGCAACAGAAACUGUCACACAGUCAGUGGUCGUGGAUCACUGUGAGCUCAAACAACUGUUGCACUCUGUCACCCUGAUUACAAAGAACUUUAAUGUAUUUCACCUGGAAAAACUACAUGCUGUUCUCAGUCAGUGCAUUUACCAGCAUCGGGAAGAGUACGACAAAACCGAAUUAGUGAAGGAAAUGAAGAAAGAAAUUGGAGCCUUCAGUUCUUUUCAGUGAUAAUUGAUUUCACCAGACUUCUACUCUAAUGUUUUCUUUUCAUUGCAUGCUAUUAUCUGCAUCAUUCUAUUAAAGAUUAGUUCCACAUAUAUGUUGAUAUGUAUAUAGAACAAAUAUAUCUUAAAAAUUUAAGAUAGCUCAAAUAAAGUCUUUUAACUGCUUUUAUUUGAUACUUUUGUCCUCUAUAUUUUUAUGUGGCAUACUGCCGUGAUCACCUUUGGAAUGCUGCAGGUCUGAGCAUCUCCCAGAUCACUUCAGUACAUCUCCUUAAAGGAAAACAACUGAAAACUUGAGAAACUUUUAUUAUUGUUUUCCAGUUUGUGGAAAUACAUUUUUCUGGAGUAGUCUGUGGUGCUGUAUAGUCCCCUGCAGUAUUACAUAAAGGUUUCAAACCAAAUCUCAUUUUGCUAUAUGAAAAGUAAAUCCUGUAGAAACCUUUUUAUGCUGCUCAGAGGUAAUUAUUUUUUAAUUACAUAUAGCACCUCAGGCAGCUUUCAUAGAAUUAACAACCUCAAUAGAGUACGUGGGAGAAAACACUCCACGAACAUAUUUUGCUGUGGCAUAUUUUUGCCUGUCAGAAAAACCUAACUUGAAACAAAGCAAGAUUUUCUACUGUAACUUUCUAGGUUAAAGUUUGGUCUUGCUUGUAAUAAUGACAAUUUUCUGGAUACUAGAGAGUAGCAUUUUAAUAGAAAUUAUUAGUUGCAGGCCAGGUAUCUUGUAUUUGAGUAAACAGUUUUCUAGUUACCUGGAGAGAAGUAUAUGUUUAUUACAUAAAAAUGAAUAUAUUAUUGGAGAUAAAUAUAUUUAAAUAUAAAAGCAAAGCAAUAUCCCAUUUGAAGAUGGAUGCCUCUUCCGACCAGCAGAGCACGUCUCUGUUAAUUUGACUGGGGUUUUUUUUCAAUAAAAUAAUUAUAAGAUAGGCCAAGAUAAAUUUUAUGAGAAUAAAAGUUUAUAUGAGUUGCCAUGAAACACGUGGCACGAUACAUUGCUGUUGUGUCAUGUCACCUUGCAUUCACAAUGCCAAACUGUGCAAUCACUUUGUGUGUGUUUGGUUUCUUAUCUAUGUUUUCAUUUUCUUUUUUUGCUUUCUAUUGUGUUUGUCCAAACAUUUGUGUACUAUGCAUAUUUUUUUUUCUUUGAUCUGUAUUGUUUGGAUGGGUAUUAAUAAAAAUUAGUCACCUUUUGGGGGGGAGGGGUUUGUCUGCUCUGUUUUAAUUACGGAUUAAUUUUUGUCAUGAACAAUCUAACACUUCCAAACCAGUAUGAGUCGUAAGACUUGAAGUAAGAACUGUAUGUGAGCAGCUUCCCCCACUGCUGAUGUAUUGGUUAUACAGCAAGCACAGGAGGAAGGAAAGUGAGAGAACACAUUUUGAUGUCAUGUAUUACUACAGUGGAAAUGUAAUAAAGGAAUUUGUUAUUUUUCCUCAACUUGA